ACCACAGAGGUUUUCUUUUAAUUUUUUUUUUUUUAAAUUACAGUUUCCUCUGCUUUGUGCUUGCGCCCCGGGACAAAUCGCGAAGGAGUAAAAAAAAAAAAGGAAAAGCGCUUCGCUUCCGAGCAUCAGUUCUUAGGAUCGUAGAUCUGAACGUGUUUAAUCGAUUGGGAUUGAAUUAAUUGCGUUCGAUCGAUUGGGAUAUACGUGAGGCAAGGUGGAAAAGAAGGAUCUAAUGGCCGCACACAAGAUUGCUCAUGCCACCCUGAAGGGGCCCAGCGUCGUGAAGGAGAUCUGCAUCGGACUAACGCUAGGGCUUUUCGCAGGCAGCCUGUGGAAGAUGCAUCACUGGAACGAACAGAGGAAGACGAGGGCUUUCUAUGAUAUGCUGGAAAAGGGCGAGAUCAGUGUCGUUGUUGCCGAAGAAUAAAAUAAUUCUUUCUUCUAUGUGACAUUCUCCCUGUUUAGAAUCCAUGCAAGGGUCAGUUGGAAUUUCAUCAGUUUGUAAUAAGCUUAGACAUUUUCACGUGCACAAAUUGCUCAUUUUUCAUUGAUGAUUCGCUCGUUGUAUGUAGUUCUAUCAAUGCAUAAUUUUUGGAAUGUGGGCUUGUUUUGGUUUUAAACUUGUGAAGAAGAGAAUCGGGUGAAUCAUUCAAUUGU